AAAACCCAUGAUUCCAUACAUAAUGAAGUCAUGGAAAAAUCCUUAUUUUGUGACAACAUUAGGCGCAAUUCUCUGCUAAUUCCAUACAUUUCUUACAGAAGAAAAGUGAAAUACUGCAGGAAACAGGCUGCAAAGAACAGGAUGGGAGGAAAAAGCUAUUCAGUUCAGUCCAAGUUAAAUGAGGUGUCUUUUACCAUUUUUAAGCACCAUUACACAAAAGUAUUGGAUUUUGGACCACCAUCUUCUAUGAGAAACUUGAUGUGAAAUUAUUUCUUUAAUGCCCUUUGUUUUUUAGUCUUCAAUACUGCCUGAGUUUUCCAGUCUUAAUUCAAUAUUACAGGAAACAGGCUGAGGUGUGAUGAAGAAGAAGAAGCUCUGAUCUGUUCUUGGACAUGGCUGGCUCAGUAAGAACUUUCAGAUUCUGCAAGCAUUUUUGUCAAGAGACCGGCUCACAAAAAUUGGAAAUUCCCAUCUCGUUUAAGGAAUAUGUGGGAGGAGUUGUUCCAAAAAAGAACAAUUGGGCAAAUUUUGUGGAAGAUAACUCCAUCACAAAUGGAGAUUGCUUGGUUUUCUCCUAUGAUGGUUAUGGCAUGUUUGACUGUGUCUUGUUUGACCAAUUUGGAUGUGAAAAGAUAGUAGUGAGAGAUGCACAAUCUCAAGUAAAUAAAGAGGUGAAACAAGAAGAAGAUGAUGAUGAUGACAAGAACGACUGUGGUGAUGAAGAUGAUUGUAAUUUUGUUAAUGAGGAUGUUAAGAAUGAAGUAGAGGAUGAUGGUGGCAGUGAUGAUGAAGAUGAUAGUAAUUUUGUUACUGAAGAGGAUGAGAAUGAAGUAGAGGAAGAUGAUGAUGAUGAUGAUGAUGAAGAAGUAAAGACAAGCAUGUUUGGGUUUACGAAGUCUAAACAAAAAAGAAACAAUUCUUGUGGAUUCAAGAAAUGCACGGGUGCAAGUGAAGGAGAAGGAAGUUCAAGCAAGAAAAAUAAGAAUGUUUUUGACCAGUUUGGAAUUGAACUUUUCUCGUCAGGCCAAUACAUUCAGCCUAAAAAUCCUUAUUUCGUGACGAAACUAAGACCAAAAGAUCGCGGUGCUUUAUAUAUACCAAUAGAUGUUAUUAAGGACCACAAUAUUGCAUUGCCUCCAACUUUAAUCCUGCGAGACACGAGAGGCCGAGAAUGGAAAUCAGAGGUUAAAAAUUGGAAGGAUGGGAGGACAUGGCUGAGUACUGGAGGAUGGCAAAGUCUAUGCCGAGUGAAUCUUGUUGACAAAGAUGAUAAGUGCAUUUGUGAAUUUGUGUGUUCAAAUACAAAUGACAUGUUGUUGCAAGUCACUAUUGUUCGAGGACAAACUACGAAGAACGUGAAGUAAAAAUCGCCGGCCCUUUAAUUACUGCUAAUUAAUAUUUUCUUAUCUAGCCUAGAUGUAAUUAUGUCCUUAAUGUUCUUGAGAAGAAAAGACAUAUGAAAAAAAUGCACAAUUUUUUUUA